CCUGCCCCCCUUUCCCUAGGGGCCCAGCUAGUGAAUCUGUCCCCUCCUGCAGAUCUGCCCCUCCUGCCCGGUCCGAUCGGGGGGCCUGAAGCCGGCGGACCGAAUGGCGCACCUGCUGGGCGAUCCGAACUGCAUGGAGAGCUUGAGAAAGGACCUCACCGACCUACAAGGAGCCAUCGUCGACGUUUUCUCCCGGGCGGGAGCCGCGCGCUAUCCCUCCUGGAAGUUCCCCAAUAAAGUGUCCUGCGAGCUGGAUCUGGUGGCUUUGCUGGAGCAGUAUGACUAUGUGGAGAACGACCCUGAAUUUACCCAGCAUUCCCAUGUCGUGCUCCUGGAACUAGUGAUUGACAGGCUGCUGUUACUGCUGCAGAGCUUCACAGGCUACGUGGAGACUCUCCUCAGCGACCAAGCCGUGCCCCCUUCCCGGGCCGUGGGACCCUGCAUGUCCGUCGGGCUGGCGGUGAGGAAGUACUGGACCGGCCUGCUGAAACUGGGAGCGCUUUGUCAGCAACGAGGGACCGAGAAGAAGUCCAACAGGAAGGACAUAGCUGCCCUGAGAUCCGCCCUCCGAGAUGUGGAAGCUGAGCACGAGCGUUUGAAGGGCUGCUCGCCUGUGCUUUCGGAAUCAGGGGCUUCGUUAGCCAGUGCCCCGUCAACCGUCUCAUGUCCCUCGCGAACCAUCUGUGUGCCAGACUAUGAUUUCUCCGACCCCGUGCUGCCACCGUCCACGGACGGUCACACCAAGAGUGUCCAUUCCCAGACGAUUGAGUCAGCUCUGGUACCCUGCGAUGCAUGUGCAGGCAGCCAGGCCAGCCUCCGGGAGGUGGGGAAAGCCAUCAUCAGCCUCUGCCGGAGGCCACUCGCCGCGGCGGACGUGAGUUUCUGGGCGUCAGAACAGAGCAAAGACCUCUCCCGGAUCAACAAACACCUGGAGGGGAUGCUGCAACGGAUCGACCCGUUGACGGCCGCGCUGGAAGACGCUGAGAAGCAGAAGGCCGAGCUGAGGACGCAGGUGGAGACUUUUGAUCAGCUCCUUCAAGAGGAGAAGGAGACCCAGGAACGGCAGAGGAAGGAGACGCAACGGGACCUGGAGGGACGGAUCGAAGAGAGUUUGCAGAUCACAGCCAGGCUGGAGAGGGACAAGGACGAGCUGCAGACAGGCGCUGUCGUGCUAGAGGAGAGAAUUUCUGCCCUGAAAGAGGAGCUGUUUUCCCAGCAUGCUACUGUGCGCGAGCUUGAGCUGGCCCGAAGCUCGCUACUGGAGGAGAUGAAGACCCAGAUGGUCCACAAGCACCAGCUGACAAAGCUGGAAGACCAAGUGCAGCGGCUGAGUAGCCAGUUGGAGACGGCAAGCCGGGAGCUCAGCGGGGCCGCCACGCAGCUGGGCAAGGAGAAGGCCAAAGUGGAAAGCAUGCUUCGGCACGAGGAGUCACUCCAGACCAAACAGAGGGUCCUGUUGCACCAGCUGGACAGCUUGGCGGAGGAGUGCGAGGAGCUGCGGGCCGGCCUGGGCGAAGCCGAGGACGACAAGGCUAAGCUGGCGCAAGAGCUGACAGAGAGCCAGGCGGAGGCGCAGCGGUGGCGGGGCCAGCUGGAGGCCAAGGAGAGCAGCAGCUAACGGAGAGC